AUAUAGAGCAAUUCCAUGUUAGUCUGGGAGAAAGAGAGAGAGAGAGAGAGAGAAUCCCGUGUCCGAGAGCCGCACUUCACCUAAAACAACUUUAAUCCGAGCGUGAGAACCGAAAGAAUCAGAGCACUGGAGUUUAUUCUCUGCACUGCUGCAUGCAUGGGAAUGAUUUGAUUCACUCACUCCAGGAAAAGCCCAUUUAGUCUGCAACUUCAUGAUUUCAAAGCCGGGAUUCUUUUUUUUAAACACUAUAUUCCUACCUGUCAGAUAAUAUGUUUUAAACGAUUCUUUGAAGUCCGAAGUGUCUCGGUGCAGUGAGCUUGAAGGACGGGCCUGACUGUCUCCUGGCUGGACUCGGUACCCGUGUUGGAUCGAGAAAUUGUGUGUGACUCCUUUACCGAGAAUUAUCGGUGUGCGCGGCUUAUUUCCACACUAGAGGCACCGCCUUUGCUCUGAACACACACACACACAGGUGCCAGAGAGACACACACACUUCCGAUUGAGUAUUCGAGUAAAGGCAGAUCAGCGAGGAUCACCCAGGACUUUACGCGGCACCGAGUUGGAUUUACAAAGCAGAUUUGUCCCUGUGUGACAACAUGAUGGAUGCAUGCAUGAAGGCGCGCGAGAUCAGUACACCUAAUUAAUCAAUACCCUCUAAGCGCACGUGAAGAUCAGCUCCGCUGGAUGUGUAUGACCGCAUCUCUAUCACCAGGUGGCUUUUCAAGUGCGUGUUUCCGAGCGCGUUUCUCCUGUUGGCGCAUAAGGUGUUUUAGGAGCCACUAAGCAAAAGCGCAGAGCGACAAUGCGCGUGCGGGGUUAGUUUAAACUUUGCUUUGCAGCGGAAUCGUCUGGAUCUGGACUCUAAACUCGCGUCCCCUGUACAGAAGAGACUACGUAGACCCCAGGUGGGAGCUGAUCUGGAUUGCAUUGCAAUUUGUUUCCCUUUGUAAAAGAAGAAGGGAAAAACAUUCCAGCCGGAGGAGAUUACAAGUGUUUUCUUCUCAAAGAUCAUUUGUCGUGACUCCUCUCGUUUUUGGAUUUAAAGCUCCUGCGCCUGAUUUGGUGCAACUGUUUCGCACCAGGAAUUUCGUGCGUUUUAUUAGAACUUGGAGGAAACAGCAGUAAUGUUUGUGUUGAAAGCAGUGGUUCUCUGUGCAUUGCUCAGCGGGGCUGGGGCUCAGUCGUGCCCGUCUCAGUGCUCCUGCAGCGGGACAGCGGUGGACUGCCACGGGCAGAAUCUGCGGAGCGUGCCGCGGAACAUUCCCCGCAACGCCGAGCGACUUGACCUGAAUGCAAACAAUCUGACUAAAAUCACAAAGGCAGACUUCGCGGGACUACGGCAACUCAGAGUUCUGCAGCUAAUGGAGAACAAGAUCAGUUCUAUUGAGAGAGGGGCAUUUCAGGACCUGAAAGAGCUGGAAAGACUGCGUCUCAACAGGAAUAAUCUUCAGGUUCUUCCGGAGUUGCUGUUUCUAGGCUCAACCAAACUCUUCAGACUAGACCUGAGUGAAAAUCAGAUCCAGGGGAUUCCCAGAAAAGCGUUCAGAGGAUCUACUGAGAUCAAAAACCUGCAGCUGGACUAUAAUCAGAUUUCCUGCAUUGAAGACGGAGCGUUCAGAGCUCUGCGGGACCUAGAAGUACUCACACUGAACAACAACAAUAUAUCUCGUUUGUCAGUGGCCAGUUUUAAUCACAUGCCCAAGCUUAGGACAUUUCGUCUGCACUCAAAUAGUCUGCUGUGUGAUUGUCAUGUGGCCUGGCUCUCUGAUUGGCUGAGACAGAGGCCCCGCCUUGGCCUCUACACACAGUGUAUGGCUCCGCCCUCCCUGAGGGGCCACAACAUGGCUGAGGUUCAGAAGAAAGAGUUUAUGUGUACAGACUUCAGUGAAGGGCCCCAGUCACACUCGUCCUGUAGUGUGCUGCAGUGUCCUGAGCUGUGCACCUGCAGUAAUAAUGUAGUGGACUGCAGAGGGAAAGGACUGACUGAAAUACCCACCAGCCUGCCAGAAACCAUCACUGAGAUCCGACUGGAGCAGAACUCCAUCAAGGUUAUUCCGCCAGGAGCAUUCGCACCUUACAAACGCCUGCGGAGAAUAGAUUUGAGUAAUAAUCAAAUAACCGAAUUGGCUUCAGACUCCUUUCAAGGUCUCCGAUCUUUGAAUUCUCUGGUUUUAUAUGGGAAUAAAAUCAGUGAACUUCCCAAAGGCCUUUUUGACGGACUAUUCUCAUUGCAGCUACUGUUGCUUAAUGCGAACAAGAUCAAUUGUUUGCGCGUAGAUUCUUUCCAAGACCUGCAGAAUCUGAAUCUUCUGUCACUUUAUGACAACAAACUCCAGACCAUCGUAAAGGGAACCUUCUCUUCUCUCCGAGCCAUCCAAACACUUCAUUUGGCCCAGAACCCCUUCAUGUGUGACUGCCAUUUGAAGUGGUUAGCUGACUACCUGCAAGACAACCCGAUUGAGACCAGCGGAGCUCGAUGCACCAGUCCCCGCCGCCUUGCUAACAAACGCAUCGGCCAGAUCAAGAGCAAAAAGUUCCGCUGUUCAGCUAAAGAACAAUAUUUUAUACCAGGGAUUCAUCAUAUCAAUAAGUGUGUGGAGGACUACCGGUCGAAACUAGGUGGGGAUUGCUUCGCAGACCUGGCCUGCCCAGAGAAGUGUCGCUGUGAAGGAACCACAGUGGACUGCUCUGGACAAAAGCUCACAAAGAUCCCGGACCACAUCCCUCAAUAUACAGCAGAACUCCGCUUGAACAAUAAUGAAUUUACAGUGCUGGAGGCUACAGGAAUCUUUAAGAAGCUUCCUCAAUUGCGCAAAAUUAACCUCAGUAACAAUAAGAUCACAGAUAUUGAGGAGGGCACAUUUGAGGGGGCCAGUGGAGUGAAUGAACUCAUACUGACGAGCAACCGCUUAGAGAGCGUCCACUACAGCAUGCUGAAAGGCCUCGGCGGUCUCCGCACACUGAUGUUGAGGAGUAACAAGAUAAGCUGUGUCAAUAACAGCAGUUUUACUGGUCUGAGCUCUGUGAGGCUGCUCUCCCUCUAUGAUAACCUGAUCACCUCCAUGUCCCUGGGAGCCUUUGACACACUGCAUUCCCUCUCAACACUGAACUUGCUGGCUAAUCCGUUUAACUGUAACUGUCAUCUGGCCUGGCUGGGGGAAUGGCUUCGUAAGAAACGGAUCGUUACGGGAAACCCUCGCUGUCAGAGCCCAUACUUUCUUAAGGAGAUCCCUAUUCAAGAUGUAGCCAUUCAAGACUUUGCCUGCGAAGACGGUAAUGAUGAGAAUAGCUGUUCGCCCCUGGCUCGCUGUCCUGCCGAGUGCUCGUGUUUGGAUACGGUGGUUCGCUGCAGUAAUAAAGGACUUAAGCUUUUACCCAAAGGCAUUCCUAAAGACGUUACAGAACUCUAUCUCGAUGGCAACCAGUUCACGCAAGUCCCUCUGGAACUAUCCAAUUAUAAACACCUCACUCUCAUCGAUUUGAGUAAUAACCAGAUCAGCACAUUGUCCAACCACAGCUUCAGUAACAUGUCUGAGCUGCUCACCCUAAUAUUAAGCUACAACAGACUGCGGUGUAUUCCUGUUAAAGCUUUCGACGGCCUCAAGUCUCUGCGCCUCUUGUCUCUCCAUGGUAAUGAUAUUGCUGUGAUCCCAGAUGGAGCUUUCAAAGAUCUGUCCUCGCUCUCCCACCUGGCUCUGGGAGCAAACCCUCUGUACUGUGAUUGUCACAUGCAGUGGCUCUCUGACUGGGUAAAGAGCGGCUACAAAGAGCCUGGAAUUGCACGAUGUACCGGUCCUGGAGAGAUGACCGACAAACUGCUGCUGACUACACCCUCUAAAAAAUUCACAUGCUCAGAGGUGCCGGGGACUUGUGGUUUUCCUGUGCCAGGUCCGGUGGAUGUAAGCAUUUUGGCAAAAUGUAACCCUUGUUUAUCCAACCCCUGCAAGAAUGACGGAACCUGCAGUAACCAUCCCGUCGAUUUUUACAGAUGCACCUGUCCAUAUGGUUUUAAGGGCCAAGACUGCAAGGAACCGAUUCAUGCGUGCAUCAGUAACCCUUGUCAGAAUGGAGGCACCUGCCAUCUGAAAGAUGGAGAGGAGAACACUCACUGGUGUGUGUGUCCAGAUGGAUUUGAGGGCGACGAAUGUGAGCUAAAUAUCGAUGACUGUGAAGAUAAUGACUGUGAGAAUAACUCUACGUGUGUGGAUGGGAUCAACAACUACACCUGUCUCUGCUCGCCUGAAUACACAGCUGCUAAUAAUAAUGAGGUGGAGAAAGGGGAGCUGUGUGAAGAUAAACUGGAUUUCUGCGCUUCAGAGCUAAACCUGUGUCAGCACGACUCGAAAUGUAUUCUAACCACUAAGGGAUUCAUGUAA